ACGCGUUUUUCUUGUGCCUCUCGUCCUCGAUAUCUUCGCCACCUAUAAAUCUUUCAAAAACAGUUGAAAUUCAAUCAUUAAUAAGACAAAAUAAAAUUGGGGCAAAGGGAAGGAGGAACAACUUUUAGCUGAAAUAUAAUUCUCUCUGCAAUUUUUCUGUUCUCAUAUAUCGGCGGCCACCACAUUUUCCUUUUAAAAUGACUACAUCAAGGCGUCUUGCUGAUAGGAAGGUGGAGAGGUUUGAGAAAAAUAUUACCAAGCGAGGAGCUGUUCCUGAAACUACUGCAAAGAAGGGAAGCCAGUAUCCAGUUGGCCCUAUCUUGCUUGGAUUCUUCGUCUUUGUUGUCAUUGGCUCAUCUUUGUUCCAGAUAAUAAGGACAGCAACCAGCGGGGGUAUGGCUUAAUCUUGCAAAGUUAUACGAGUAGUGGCGCCUGCGUUGUUGUAGUUUUGUUUUCCUCAAAGUUUAGCUCAAUGUAGAAAUGAAAAAAAAAAAACUUUUGUAGUAAUGUGUUUUUUUUAAUUUGUGAGACUCAAAAUAUAAAUUUUCUCGUCUCAUUAUGUGGUUAAUGUUUGUGUUCUCCAUCAUUCUUCCUACCCA